AUGGUCGACGGUGUGCCACAUCCGCCAACGGACUUUUUCGCGCCAAAGGUCGGAGGCGCCAUUCUAAGGGGUCACCCUCUGACGAGCCUUUCAAAUUUUUCGUUCCGAGUUUGAAAACCAUGAAAAACCAUGAAAACGAAGUUACACAAGAGUUUCAAUUCAGAAAUAAAAACAACUCAAAAUCUUUUUUUGGCUCAGUAAAUUUGUCGUAUUGUGACUAUGGACAAAAUGCUGAUGAAAUUGCAGUGGAAUCAAAUUCAAAAACAGACAAACCGACAUUCAAAACACUCGUAACAAUAAAGAAUUCUAUCUUUUCAAUUUGUCAUCAUAGUCAGUUGAAUAUGCCGGUGUUUGUCAAUGUUUUACACGUUCUGAAACAUUUAUCGUUCCGCCGGGUACCUAUUCAGCUCGGCUAUUAUUCAAAGCGAAAAGUGUUCCAGAGCGAUGGAAACGAUGAAAAAAUCACCGGAAUAAUGAACUGGGAGAUAAAGAAAACUCGAAAAGAUACAUUACUCCAAAAUUCAAAUUUCUAACUUGAAUAUUCUCAACGAACGAAAAAGAAAAAAAGUUCCAGAUUGAUCGAGUUUAAGAUAAAAUCAUAGAAAGAAUUCAAACGGGAGCAUGAAAAAAUUUUGAAUAGGCAGCGAAAAUCAUUAAUAAAGAGUUUUCGGGGAAGCGAAAAUUUUUGAGAUGAAAGAUUUUUUUUGAGUGGAAACUUUUGAUUUUGGACUAUUCUGUCCCAGAGAAAAACGUGAAGCAGAAAAUAUUUAAAACUGUGAAACAAACAAAGGAGAAGAACUACUACGUACGAUUUGGGAAACAGUCGAAAACAGGGAAAAAGAUGGAAGACGACCAUCCUUCCACACAGAAACGUGACCAGUCCCGGGCAGACCGGAGAGCCCAAUUCGAGCAGCCGUUCCCCACCGAGACAGCCAAAAUAAUGAAUGAAAUGGAGACACGCCCAUUCUGA